GGUGCCGCAGUCGCCGCCUCGGCCACCGCGCAGCUGCCGGUCCACCUCCGCCACCGCUUAGCCGCGCUCGGAGCCCGGCCGAGGAGGCUGCCACCGCCGCCAGGAGCCCGCAGCCCGCGCCCCAAGCCCGCCGCCGCCGCCCUCCGAGGGCGCCCCAGGCCGCGCCAUGGUGAAGGUGACGUUCAACUCGGCUCUGGCCCAGAAGGAGGCCAAGAAGGACGAGUCCAAGAGCGGCGAGGAGGCGCUCAUCAUCCCUCCGGACGCCGUUGCCGUGGACUGCAAGGACCCAGAUGAAGUGGUUCCAGUUGGCCAAAGAAGAGCUUGGUGUUGGUGCAUGUGCUUUGGACUGGCGUUUAUGCUCGCAGGUGUCAUUCUAGGGGGAGCGUACCUGUACAAAUAUUUUGCAUUUCAACCAGAUGACGUCUACUACUGUGGAAUCAAGUACAUCAAAGAUGAUGUCAUCUUAAAUGAGCCUUCUGCAGACGCCCCAGCCUCUCGCUACCAGACCAUUGAAGAAAAUAUCAAGAUCUUUGAGGAAGAUGAGGUUGAAUUCAUCAGCGUGCCUGUCCCAGAGUUUGCAGAUAGUGACCCUGCCAAUAUUGUUCAUGACUUUAACAAGAAACUUACCGCCUAUUUGGAUCUUAACCUGGAUAAGUGCUAUGUGAUUCCUCUGAACACUUCCAUUGUCAUGCCACCCAAAAACCUAUUGGAGCUGCUUAUUAACAUAAAGGCUGGGACCUACUUGCCUCAGUCAUAUCUGAUUCAUGAACACAUGGUCAUCACUGAUCGCAUUGAAAACAUUGAUCACCUGGGUUUCUACAUUUAUCGACUGUGCCAUGACAAGGAAACUUACAAACUGCAACGCAGAGAAACCAUCAAAGGUAUUCAGAAACGUGCAGCCAGCGCCUGUGUUACGAUUCGGCAUUUUGAGAACAAAUUUGCCGUGGAAACUUUAAUUUGCUCUUGAACAGUCAAGAAAAACAUAAUGGAGAGAAAUUUAAUACCACAGCAUAACCCCACCCUUUGUAUUUUGUGCAGUGAUUAUUUUUUAAAAAAUCUUCUUUCAUGUAAGUAGCACAUAGGGCUUCACGAUUUUUUCAUCUCAUUAACUCAAUUAAAACCAUUAUCUUUAAAAAUC